CCUAUGGAGUGCACGAGAUUACAUGAAGUCGUGGAGAGAAUGGGGUACAUUGGCCUGUCAAUUCCAGCAGAGAGGGCCCAACUCCUCCGAAACUCCCUCCUGAUACUCCAGAAAGAAAAUCACUUUCGAAAAAUUUACUACUGGGGUAGAAUCAACGGCGUCGGGAAUGACUAUCACAUCGCCUUUGGUUAUGCAAAGGAUUCUUUGAAGGACAGAAAAUUUUUCUACAGUCUAGAUGGUUUGGACUGGUUAUUACUGCCAAAACCGACCAAAUGUGGAAAGUUCUUGACACCUCUGGCCACAACUCUGUUCGAUGGAAAUCCAUCGAUCGUGACAAAUGUUUACAGUAAAAAUCCAGCAUUUCCACCGGAUGAAGAUGCUGAAGAAUUUUAUCAAGGGCCAGUGCCCCAAUUUUUGAAAGAAGAAGACCGACUAUCGGCGACGGUUGAAUUUAUAACGGAGGAAUGUCAAAUAAUACCCCGAGGGGCCUUGUACAAACACCCAGAUGGUUCUAUUACCGAAAAUAUGGUUUUCCAAGGGCUGGAUCCAAUUGAAUCCUUAGAUCAAAAAUCGUAUGUCCACGCGCGCUUCCCCAGGGAGAAAUGGACAGCGAAUCUCGUGGUCAGGGAUGACUACAACUAUUCAUUGGAUUUCCUGGACCCGAUUUCGACAGAUGUACCAAAAGAAUGUUGGAACGUCCAGAGAUAUCUCGCUUCUCGCCUAGUGAUCCUGCAAAACCUUUAUUGGCCCGGAAUGACAUUCUAUCACAUCCCGGAAUCACCUCAUUAUGGCUCCUUAUACCUUGGCAAUGGCAUCAAGAAUCUAAAUAUACCAUUUAUGGUCUAGACAUUCAACGGACGUUAAAUAAAUUCAGCAUAAAAUUUUCCGAAAAAAUAUAAGUGUGCAAUUGUUUUUCCCUUUUUUUUCUUUAUCCCAUAAAGCGCCGACACCUAUUUAUUCGGCCAACAUUUCGCCAACA